UCGGAAGUAAGCCCCACCUAGUUCAGUGGAGCCUGUUCCCAACAAUGGAGGAGGCCAGCGUCGUGGAGGAAGGAGAAGUGACCUCGGGGAUGCAGUCCUUGGCAGUGGAAGACGGGCCUGCCUCAGAGCUGGCCACCCCCACGGAGGAACAAGAGGAGGCGCCAGGAGAAGCAGAGGGGGAACAGGCAGGAGAGGGAGGUGAAUCUGCCGAGGAGGAUUGGUGCGUGCCCUGCAGUGAUGAGGAGCUGGACUCCCCAGACAACUGGAUGCCUCCCCCUGGGGAGAUCCGCCGCCUCUACGAACUCAUUGCUGCCCAGGGGACUCUGGAAAUCCAGGCGGAAAUUUUGCCCCGACGCAACCCCACCCCGGAGCCUGACAGUGAAGAUGAGGAUAAAUCCGAGGGGGAGCCUGACAAUCAGGAAGAAGAGGAGGAAGAAAAGCCUCACGUGCCAACAGAAUUUGACUUUGACGAUGAGCCUAUCUCACCCAAAAGCUCCUUGAUCGAUCGCCGGAGAACCCCUGGGACUUUGGCCAAGAGCCAGAAGAGGGAGGCCCGCAUGGAUAAGGUGCUGUCAGACAUGAAGCGCCACAAAGUCUUAGAGGAGCAGAUUUUGAAGACCGGCAGGGACCUCUUUGACCUCGACUCUGACGAUGUGCCCACUCCAAAACGGCCUCCGGGUCUUUUCUUGCGCCAGCGCAAAUACUAA